AUGGCAGAACCCAAGAGGUAUGUCACAUCUGAAGAGCUCAAAACUCACAACAAACCAGGGGAUCUGUGGAUCUGUAUACAGGGAAAAGUUUAUGACGUCUCAGAGUGGAUGAAAACUCACCCUGGUGGUGACUUGCCAUUGUUGAAUCUUGCUGGUCAAGACGUCACCGAUGCUUACGUCGCUCUUCAUCCAUCCACUGCUUGGCAAUAUCUCGACAAGUUCUUCAAUGGGUAUUAUCUCAAAGACUACGCCGUUUCCGAGAUCUCUAAAGAUUACAGAAAGCUUUACUUCGAAUUCACAAAAAUGGGUUUGUUCGAAAAGAAAGGGCAUGGGGUUUUAAUAUCCAUGGUCGUCAUAGCAAUGAUGUUCUCCGUGUGUGUUUAUGGUGUUUUAUUCAGCCAGAGUGCUUUUGUUCAUUUGAUUUGCGGUGGAUUAAUGGGGUUUCUUUGGAUUCAAAGUGGGUGGCUAGGACAUGAUUCCGGCCACUAUCAGAUAAUGAUGGAUCGGAAAUUCAAUCGUUUUGCUCAGAUCUUGACCGGAAAUUGUCUCGCCGGAAUCAGCAUUGCGUGGUGGAAGAGAAACCACACUGCACACCACAUCGCUGUUAACAGUCUUGAAUAUGAUCCUGACCUUCAACACAUACCAGUGUUCGCGGUUUCUUCAAAAUUCUUCGACUCUCUUACAUCCAAAUACUACGAAAGAAAACUAAACUUCGAUUCUAUAACCAGGUUCCUUGUUAGCUACCAACAUUUAACAUACUACCCUGUUAUGUGUGUAGCUAGACUCAAUCUCUUCGCUCAAUCUUUCGUGUUGCUUUUAUCGAACACAAAGGUACCCAAUAGAGGCCAAGAGCUUUUCGGGCUUCUAGUGUUUUGGAUAUGGUAUCCUUUGCUUGUUUCUUGCUUACCCAACUGGAGUGAAAGAGUGAUGUUCGUGUUAGCGAGUUUUUCAGUCACUGGGAUUCAACAUGUUCAGUUUACUUUAAACCAUUUCUCUUCAACUGUUUACGUGGGUGAACCAAGUGGAAACGAUUGGUUCGAGAAGCAAACAAAUGGCACACUCAACAUCACUUGUUCUUCAUUCAUGGACUGGUUUCAUGGUGGGCUUCAGUUUCAGAUCGAGCAUCAUCUCUUUCCAAGGUUGCCAAGAUGUCACUAUAGAAAAAUAUCUCCGAUUGUGAAGGAUUUAUGUAAGAAACAUGGUUUGCCUUAUGAUUCUGCCUCCUUCUUCAAGGCCAAUGAGAUGACGAUUGCGACCCUGAGGAACGCUGCUCUACAGGCUCGUGAUUUGACGAAGCCUGUCCCUAAAAAUCUUGUCUGGGAAGCUGUAAACAGUCAUGGCUAA